AUGGCAUUUCAAGAAGGUUAUGAAGAGGACAUUGAUCUCGCGGAAGAAAUAGAUUUACUGGCUAAUGAAUUUACUGGUGUUGACGAAGAUCUUGAAGAAGAAGCUCUCCAGGAUCAAAUGCAACUUCAAUUAAUGCUUCAACAACAAUACGCUCAAGAAAUACCUGAAGUCGUUAAAAAUUUCAUAAUAUAUUUUCAUCGUAACAUCCUUGAAAACAACGUUUACGAAUUACAUGGCAUAUACGAAAACUCUUUUAAUCGUCUAACAGAAAAAUUUUAUGCAAAAACGCCUUGGCCCGAGGCUGAUUAUAUUGCUCCGAUGGUAAACGAUGACCAAGUGUUUUUGACUUUGUAUCGCGAAUUAUAUUAUCGACACAUUUAUUCAAAACUUUCCCCUACUAUUGAACAUCGAUUCCAUUCUUAUGAGAAUUAUUGUGAUCUUUUUAAUUUUAUUUUGAAUUCGGAUGGACCUGUUAGUUUAGAACUUCCCAAUCAAUGGCUUUGGGAUAUUAUUGACGAAUUCAUUUAUCAGUUUCAAUCUUUUUGUAAUUAUCGUAAUCGUCUCAAGAACAAAACUGAUGAAGAAAUUGCUUUGUUGCGAGAAAAUAUUCAGGUGUGGAGUUGCUACAGCGUGUUGAACGUCUUGUAUUCGCUUAUCACAAAAUCUCGAAUUACUGAACAAUUGCUCGUAAGCAAACACGGUGGUGAUAUGAUUGAAGCUGCGGGAGAGUAUGGCUCACGUCCUUUAUAUAAGAUGCUUGGUUAUUUCAGUAUCAUCGGUCUUUUACGUGUCCAUUGUUUAUUGGGAGAUUAUACAUUAGCGCUCAAAAUGAUGGAUAAUAUUGAACUAAAUAAAAAGGCCUUAUUUGCGCGUGUUACCGCAUGCCACGUCACAACAUAUUAUUAUGUUGGAUUUGCAUACAUGAUGAUGAGACGAUACGCAGAUGCAAUCAGAGCAUUUUCGCAUAUACUUGUCUUUAUCGCAAGGACAAAGAUGUAUCAUACUAGAUCUUAUCAGUUUGAUCAGAUCAACAAGAAAGGUGACCAAAUGUAUGCGCUAUUGGCUAUAUGUAUUGCACUUUGUCCAACUCGUUUGGACGAAAGCAUUCAUACUCACCUAAAAGAGAAAUAUGGGGAUCAUUCGUCAAAGAUGCAACGAGGCGAGGAGGGGUUGCAAACAUUUGAAGAUUUAUUCUUGUAUGCAUGCCCAAAAUUUAUUUCACCAAAUGGGCCAAACUUUGACGAUCCAAAUGCUCUAACGCAAACUAUUGAACCUCAUCAUCAUCAUGCCAAAAUUUUCCUUUCCGAGGUGCGUCAUCAAAUUCUCAUUCCAACUUUACGGUCGUAUUUAAGGUUAUAUACUACUAUGGGGAUUGAUAAGUUAGCAGCUUUUCUUGAAAUUGAAGCUGAAGAAUUAAGGACUCAGUUACUUAUUGUCAAACAAAAGUCACGGCAACAAAAAUGGACCAGCGGCACCUUACUUGAGGGUGAAUAUGUUACUACUUCGGAUUUGGACUUUUGUCUGAAGCAGGAUAUGAUUCAUAUUGCUGAAUCUAAAGUUGGGCGACGUUACGGAGAUUGGUUCUUACGUAAUAUCAACAAAUUUCAGGAUAUUCUUGCUGGAAUGAACCUUCGUAGUUAA